AUGAAAAAUCUGGUUCGAUGGCUCUUCUCCACUACCCGCUUUACUACUUUCUAUUUUUUCUUAUGUAUUCAGUUUCCCUUAAUAUAUAAUUUGAUAUUACUUUCGAUUUUUAUAUUUUUAUUCCUUUGUCGUUUUAUAUUCUGCCUAAUACCAAUUUUCAAUCUUUUUAGUUCGUGCUUCGUUGGCUCCUCCUUUCUGAUCACUCUCCUGCCAGAGAUUCAAGACCCCCAGGCUCUAGCUCAUUUAGCAGGGCUAAACUUCUAUCUGAGUCUUUACGAGCAGGAUCCGGGAUGGGUUACAUUCAUUCAGAACGAGCUUAAUCAUAAUACCCCCCUGGAAGACAUACCUGGGCGACUUAAGCUCUUCCUAAUGGAAGAAAAGCUCUCUUCUAUGCGACAAGAUGUCAUUCAGGAAUUUGUGGCGCUUUAUCAAAGAGUAGGGCCUUAUCUACCGAUCGAGCCCUACUUGGUCGAUGAAGCGCUUCGUUCCUAUCUGGACCAUAUUCACGCAACUGAUUCUUUCACUGUUCUCCAAGCGUCUUAUCAAGAUCUGCGGGAGAAUGAGGGAGGAUCCGUUUUCUUUCGAAAUGCUGUUUCCCACAACCGGGAUCUCCUUGAGGCGGAAAGCUCCGCAAGGAGGUGCCUGGAAGUGGAACAGAGGAUCCGGUGGGAAGAAAUCCCCAAGAGCAAGGCAAUUCUCGAAAGAGCUGAGCACGAGCAUGCUCUCGACUUGUUUAAGUCGGAGGAUCUUAGAAGGGAAUUAGAAAAAAAAGAGCGGGGUAGCUCAGUAAUUCUGAUUCUUUUCUCUUCCAGCCCCCCGGCCCCUCUUUGA